CAUCACUGAGGGACAGCAGCUUGAAGAAGAGCGCGGAAAUAAACAGCAGCAGCAGGAGAACCAGAGCUAAUGGAGAUCGUAUAGCUCGAGUUGCUGAAGCUAAGCCGCUGUAAUCACUGCACACGGCGGUACAGAACCUCGGGGCGCGGGCUGUUCGGUAGAAAUGCUGCGGGGACGGCGGGCUGUAUGUUUGUAGGCGGUGGUCGGACCCGCGGAGCUGGGGGAAUGAAGGACGGCGGGGCGGUGCUGGUUCCCCCGGGUCUGCCUGCAGCCUGGGCCGCGGUCACCGCUGCUCUGGUUUCUCCUGCAGUACCGCCUUCAGUUCCUGAUGACACUAUUUCUGAUGCUCUGGCUCUGCUGUGUGAACAAGGGCUGGCUCAGUAUGUGGAGGGCUGGCUGCUGGAGACCUUGCAGGUUCGUUUGACCACUGAUGUGGCUCCGGAGUUCUGGAGUAAUUUAGAGCAGCCUAAAGGAGAUUCACAGGAGAAAGACAGAGCAAGAUGUUUGCUAGAUGCGUUCAGGACUCUGCUGCUGCGCCUUGAACCAUUUCUUGGUGGGCUUGAGCAGCUUGGGUCUUGGCAGGAUGAAGGUCGUGGGGGUCUGGUGGGCCCUGGAGCCCAUGGGCUCCGAGAGAGGGCCUUCUCGGUCAUUCGUGCUAUCCUCCUCUUUUCUCCUCAGCCAGUGCUCCAAAAGAGGGUGCUGGAGUUCUACAGUCGCACCUUCUCUGUGCACAUGAGCCAGGUGGGAGAGGGUCUGGAGGUGGAGCAGGGAGCAGAGGAGGCUGACGGGGCCUGUGUUUGUCCAGGCUGUGCAACCCCACCUCAGCUGUGCUGGUGCAAGGAGGCCCUGGAGCAGCUGCAGGAGCUUAGCCACAUCCUAUCCAGACUGCAGCUCUUGGGGAGGGUUAGCUCGGAAGCAGUGACCAGCAUUCUGCACCGACUGAUCGAGGAGAGGAUGGAGCAGCGGUGCCGGGGAGAAUAUGAGAAUUCCUUUCUGGCAGACUUCAAUGAAUGGUUGGAGCAGGUGCUCGGCUGGCUGAGCAGAGUCUUUGCCAGUGAAGUGGACGAGGCUGGCACUGAUUCUGUAGCUGCCAAAGGAAAACCUGACCAGCCUGGCAGUGCCAUCCUCCAACGCUGGCGCUGCCACAUGCACCAGUUCUUUUGCCGCAUUUACGUUAACAUGAGGAUCGAUGAGCUUUUCAGCAUCAUUCGAGAUUUCCCGGAGUCCAUCCCUGCCAUUGAAGACUUAAAGUUCUGCCUGGAGCGGACCAAUCAGAGACAGCAACUGCUCACCUCACUCAAGUCCGCUUUUGAGACACGUCUGCUGCACCCAGGAGUCCACACAUCAGACAUCAUCACUGUAUACAUUUCGGCCAUUAAAGCUUUACGAGAACUGGACCCAUCCAUGGUCAUCCUGCAAGUGGCCUGCCAACCGAUCCGCAAGUACCUCAGGACCCGUGAGGACACAGUUCGGCAGAUUGUGGGCAGUCUUACAGGCGAUGCCGAGAGUUCCUGCGAUCUGGCCAAUGAGCUCUCCCGGGCUGACCCUGUUACCCUGGAAACUCAGGACAGUGAGGAUGAGGGGAGUGAUCCGGAUGACUGGACACCUGACCCUACUGAUGCUCUCACAGAUAAAACUGGUUCUAAGCGACGUUCCUCAGACAUCAUCAGUCUACUGGUCAGCAUCUAUGGCAGUAAGGACAUCUUCAUUGACGAGUACAAGACCGUGCUGGCAGAUAGACUGCUUCACCAGUUCAAUUACAACACAGCAAGGGAGAUUCGCAAUGUGGAACUAUUAAAGCUGAGAUUUGGAGAAUCCAUCAUGCACUACUGUGAGGUGAUGCUGAAGGAUGUGGCGGACUCUCGGCGGAUCAACACUAACAUUCAUGAGGAAGAAGCUCGCCUGCCUGUGGAGGAACAGCCUUCUAUUCCUUUGUCGUCCAUGAUCCUGUCUUCAGAGUUCUGGCCUCAGCUUAAAGAGGAGAAGAUGGAGCUGCCUGCUGUCGUCUCCAAAGCUAUGGAAGCUUACACACAUCGCUUCGAAAAACUCAAGGCUAUGAGAACCCUGAGCUGGAAGCCUCAUCUGGGUUCAGUGACUCUGGAUGUGGAGCUGGAAGACCGAACUCUCAGUAACCUCUCUGUGUCCCCAAUCCACGCUGCUAUUAUCCUGCACUUCCAGGACAAGGGCACGUGGACGCUGGAGGAGCUGAGUGGAGUUCUGGGCGUGUCUCAGGAGCUGGUGCGCAGGAAGCUGGCACUGUGGCAGCAGCAUGGUGUGGUGCAGGAGGAAGCUGGGGGGCGCUACAGUGUGCUGGAGACUGCAUCCUCUAAGGAGCGGCCUGAGAGAGCAGUCAUGCUUAUAGACAGUGAUGAGGAGGGAGACUCUAACACCGCCACACAGUCCGAGCAAAGGGAAGAGAAACUGCAGCUAUUCUGGGCCUACGUUCAGGCCAUGCUGACCAACUUGGAGAGCAUGACUCUGGAGAGGAUUCACUCUAUGCUGCGCAUGUUCGUGGCCACGGGGCCUGGCGUCACCGAGAUGGACGCGAACGAGCUUCAGGCUUUCCUGCAGAAGAAAGUCCGAGACCACCAGCUGAUCGUCUCAGCUGGAGUUUAUAGACUGCCCAAGAGCACACAGUAGAGAGGGAGGUAGGGAGGGAUGCAGCCAGGGAAAGUUACGAAUGUUCAUUUGUUUUGCUAAAAAUAAUAAAUGUAUUUGUUUAUAGUCA